CAAGCGCACUGCCGUGUCGUUUGUGAGGGGGGCGUGCUUCUUUUAGCACAGUUAGCCCCAUCUACUGGCACCCCAGUGGGACAUGUUCGCCGCGUGUGGCAGCGGCGGUAGAAUUCACUAGGUCCAGAUUUCUCUUCCUUACUGGAUCGAUAACCGUGGUGUGGAUCCAAACUCGCAAGGAGAACUUUUGCUAAAACCUGCUACCGAGUCCCUCCUGUUGGUGUGUCUGCUCAUAUGACCCGUGGCCAUCGUGUUGGUCGAAAACGCGGAUCCUCUUGGGACCAGCUCCUAUAGCGACGUUUCGCUACCUUAGGACCCAGUAAUUAGUCUUCCAUAUAACUUAAGAUUUUGGAUCACGGAUGUGCAAGCUGCCCGCAAAGGUUUCUGGUCUUUUGAUUCGUGGAUGUUUUGAGGCAGCAUUGAGCGAGUAUGGAAGAAUUCGCAGAAGCUUAUUCUGUGCGGCUCUUAGCGCACACGGGCAGAUAUCUGUGGGCGGACCCCGAUCUCAAGAGUGUCUCUCAAAAGAAGGGCAAGGAUACUAAAGGGGUGAUUUGGCGCGUUGAGCUUGUUCCAGAACGCGGUGCUAUUCGGCUCAAAAGUGUACACGAUCUUUACUUGCAUGCUUCUGAUUAUGCAUUUCUGUUGGGAGCGACGGGGAAGAAGGUUACGCAGAGUUAUGCAUCCAAAGCCGAUUCGUCGCUUGAAUGGGUGCCUGAAAAGUACACACCUUAUGUGAAGCUUAAAGCUAGGAGCAAUAAGUAUCUUCGAGCCAACAGGGGAGUGCCUCCGUAUAGAAACUCUGUGACGCAUGAUUUGCCAGUGCUCCAGGGCAACCAACAUGUAGUGCUCUGGACGGUCGAAGUCGUGAGGACAAAGGAUGCGCCAUCUUUGCAGCCCAGUAGGUUGCUUACACCAAGACAUUCUGACGCGACAUCGUCUAAGUCAUCAUCACAGCAUAAUCAAAAAGAGGAUAGUUCCGACGAUGAGGCCCCGCACUUCACGCCUGCUCGUGGCUCCACGUCACGCCAUAAAUUAAAACCCACGGAAAUUCCCCCUUCGGCUGAGCCCAGUUCAUCUUCGGAGUCAUUAUCGCCUGUUUCAAUAAGACGGACUCGAGCAGUUCGUGUAGAUGCUGAUAGUUCUCCGCCACCAAGAUGGAAUCCACCAGUUCGUGAAGAUGGUAGUCCUCUUCCGCCACGAAGACGGACUCCACCAGCUCGUCAAGACGACAGUCCUCCUCUGCCACACAUUCGUACUCCACUAGCUCGUGAAGAUGGUGACAGUCCUCGGCCACGUAGCCCCAAUCCACGAUUUCUUGAAGCUAACAAUAGUCCCCCCCCUCACAUGAAGAUACCAUCUACUGACGACUCCGACAGCCCUUCACCACGCAUACGUCCACCAACGACUUUGGAAUCUAGCAGAAACCCCCCGCGACGUGAAUCUUCAGAGUCAUCUGUACGUCGGUCUAGAUUCAAACCGCCUGACAACGACGAAGAGAACGAAAGCAGCAGCAGGGGAAGAGCAUCUUUCAAGACUGCGGAACCGAAAUCUGCAAAUGCCCGGAGAAUCAACUAUGAGGUUGCGGAAGACGAUGGCGAAGUACUGGCUCUUGAGGACGGCACUUUUGGCACCUUCAUGUUUGAAGGAAGUACUGUAGAUGAAUUGAUUGAGGAAUUGCGGCGCAAGACGAAAAUUGACGACAUCAUUCUGUGCAUGCGGAAUAAUCAAAAAGGCACCCUCUUCAAAAUGCGCCUUGCUCUGCCUUCGAACAAAGCUCCUCUGCCCGUUGUCGUCGUCCGGCAGAACUCCUCAUUUGGGAGGAAAUUGUCAACACGUUAGAUAUGACCUCGUCUAGAUAACAGUAUUUCGUUGGGAUGCAUAUGAGUAUCGCAAUCGACUUCAUUCUUCUUAAGUUGAGCACUUAGCAAUCCUAUUUAGGCUUAGUCUAGACUUCACAUCUAUGUUGGAGAGUCCUUGUAAAUUGUUGUAGUUACGCAAGUGAUUGCAAGCCGUAAAGCAUAACAACACCGUGAUCACAGUGCCCAGGAAUACAGUUGCUUACUCUGCCUUCAACUGCUUUUCAUUAGGAUUAACAAUCUGGAGAUAGAACUCAGUUAUUGCUAGUGGGAAGGUAGAAACCUAACGUUGGGCAAAUGCUAAUGAGCACGAUCAAGUGAAUUGUUGCAGGCUUUGUCUGGAGUUGGAAGUGGAUGAGUCGUCUUUGAGUUCCAAGUGAAGGGGCUGUAAGAAGAUUGUUUCCCUUGAUGUAAUAUAAAACUGAUGUAAUUUUUGCCAGUUUUUCAGCCUGGUUUUUUUGGUCUUA